GCGAGAGAUAGAGAGGAGAGAAUGGCCGCCGCAAGCCUCUCUUCUCCAACAUCAGCGGUCUCCAUUCUAUCGAUGAUCGUGAUCGUUUCGACCAUCGCACAAUGCCACAUUGCAUCAGCCAUGGAGGAUAGCCAUGGCAGCGUGAUGACGGACCACUUCCUCGGCCUCAACUCUCGUUCCGGUGGCCGGUUCCUUGCCGAGAACGUGAAGAAGGGGGAGCAAUGCGAUCCGGUGACGAACAACAUAUGCUCGGGGACUGGGGCCAAGGAUGGCACCCAGCUCCUGGACUGCUGCAAGAACCAUUGCCGCGACGUGCUCGGCGAUCGCAAUAACUGCGGGAUCUGCGGGAACAAGUGCAAGUUCGGGCAGCUCUGCUGCAGUGGGAAGUGCACCGCGGUGGCCUACGACGUUGAGAACUGCGGCAAGUGUGGGAAGGUGUGCAACCCUGGGGUUAGGUGUGAGUAUGGGAGCUGCGGAUAUGCUUGACUUCGUAGUGUCUUCUAAGGAGGGAGAGUUCAUUUUGUUGCGCUCUUCUCAAGUAUAGAGAUGAUACAAGUACACUGGUAGGGUUGGGGUUGGGAUGAAGGAUAGAAAUUUUGUGUCCAAUAACCUGCUUGAGUUUGUGGUAUAUUUGGUUCUUUCAUAAAGGGUGAGAUGGUGGUAUACGAGAGUUUUGUAAACAUGUUACCUCUUCCUUGAGCAACAAUAAGUGCGAAGGCAUGGCUCAUGCCCCGAAUUCCUCGUUCACCUUUUCA